AUGAGCCCUCUCAUGUUUGCCGCCGAGAAGGGUAGCUGCAGCGUUGUCAAGAUCCUCCUAAAAUACGGAGCCAAUGUGUCAAUCAAGGAGAAUGGCGGUUUCACAGCUCUCCAUCUUUCUGCGCAACACGGACACCCGGCCUUGACCACAGCGCACCGGGGGCAAUGGAAGGCGAUGGAAGCUCUGAUCGAGGCAGGGGCGAACGUCAACAGCCAUGUGUUGGAUGGAGCGACACCGCUGUUGAUUGCAUCCACUCAGGGAUACAAGGACGCCUCUAAGGUGCUCCUUCGAGCGAAAGUGGACCCGCAGUUGCAGCAGAACACGUCGGGGAACCUCUUCGUCCCGUUGAACAUGUUGGCCACGCGCGGGGACUCGGACGCAGUCCGCGAGUUGUUCCGGCACGUUGACAUCGACGGCUGUGGCGGUCCAAGUAGAGGUGUAAAUGCUCUUGUCACGGCCGCCCGAGACAAACAUGUUGACAUUAUGGUACUACUGCUGACGGAUGCCGGAGUGGUUGACACAGGAGGAGCACUGAUCACUGCCGCCCACUAUGGCGGCGUUGUAUCCGUCGAGCACCUGCUGCAGCGGCAGAAGCAGACAGCUGCCGAGAGAAAAGCCUACGUUAACGCACCCGGCCUUUUCGGCGCAACGCCCUUGCUGUGGAGUAUUCAGGCUUGCCGCCCGUGCUCGUCCAGAAUUGCUCGAUUGCUUGUUGACGCCGGUGCGGACACCACAUCGACUGUCACGAUGGCGGACGUGCAGGGAUUUGGGCUCAUGGCCUACACGCCCAAGGAGAUCGCAAUACGCAGGAUCCGUCGGAAGAAGGUCGAGGGAAAAGAAGAUAUUGUAGCGACGAGCAGCUGCGCAGCGUGGAGGCCAUCCGCCGCUUGCUGUUGCAAGUGGAAGCAGUUCGUGCGAUCUCUUGGUUGUGGCCUGGCAACAAUCCCUCCGUCGCUCACGCUGCUGCAGAGGGCACAGGCAGAACCUCCAGAGCUAGGCCUCCGUUGA